UUUUAGACAGGACCAUUUUAUGUGACACACUCAGGCAGAGUACCGUGUGAUUCGAUGCUGUGCUUGCUAACGUCAUCAAAGAGUCAUCCCGGAAGAAUUUAACUUUGCGUUAUUGUCGAAAACAAUACCAGUCUCGUGUUUCACGAUUAAAGUUAGCAUUUCCUACUUGUUUCAACCUCCGAGUUGAAGUUUUAUGGAAAACAAGACAGGCGCCAUUUUCUAUUCUCGCGAGACUUCGCCAAAUAACAAGGAAGUCCUUCUGGUCCUGCUAUUGGUUGGUGUUUGUGAUUUGCAUAUCACGUGGAAAGUUUUGGAGCGACAUCGCCAAUAACACAAGUGACACACGUCGCGUUUUUUUUUUUUUUUUUUGCGUUCCUUUAUUACGUUUAUGCACACAAUGCCUGCAGGGGCGAACCAACUAAGUGGGGACGACGGCGGUAAGAAGCCGAAGGAAGAGAAGGCGAGCUCGCCGAGUUCGUUUUGCGACGAGCGCGGCUAUCUGAACCUGGUGGAGUUCAUCCUGGAGCACGGCCGCAAGAAGGGAGACCGGACCGGGACCGGCGUCAUCUCGGUGUUCGGCGCCCAGGCCCGAUACAGCCUCCGCGAUCAGUUUCCUUUGCUGACAACCAAAAAAGUAUUUUGGAAAGGAAUCCUCGAAGAGUUACUUUGGUUUAUCAAGGGGUCGACAAAUUCCGAGGAGCUGUCGGAGAAAGGCGUGAAGAUUUGGGACGCCAACGGCUCGCGCAGCUUCCUGGACAAGUGCGGCUUUACCGAGCGCGAGGAGGGCGACCUGGGCCCCGUCUACGGCUUCCAGUGGCGGCACUUCGGCGCCGAGUACACCGACAUGCGCGCCGAUUACACGGGGCAAGGCGUGGACCAGCUGCAGAAUGUCAUCGACACCAUUAAGAGUAAUCCAGACGACAGGCGCAUCAUCAUGUGCGCGUGGAACCCGAAAGACCUGCCUCUGAUGGCGCUGCCACCCUGCCACGCCCUCUGCCAGUUUUACGUGUGCGACGGCGAGUUGUCGUGCCAGCUGUACCAGCGCUCGGCCGACAUGGGCCUAGGCGUGCCCUUCAACAUCGCCAGCUAUGCGCUCCUUACGUGCAUGAUCGCGCACAUCACGGGACUCCGACCCGGCGACUUUGUCCACACGCUGGGCGACGCGCACGUCUACGUCAACCACGUGGAACCGCUGAAAGCGCAGCUGCGGAGGGAGAUCCGCCCCUUCCCCAAAAUGAAGAUCCUGCGGAAAGUGGAGCGCAUUGACGAUUUCCGCGCCGACGACUUUGAGAUCGUCGACUACAACCCGCACCCGGCCAUCAAGAUGGAGAUGGCCGUUUGAGACGUGUCGCUUUCUUGAAAGUCAGAAAAUGUCACACACACAAAAACUCAUGCAGUACAAUUCUUAAAGUAGACAAAUUAUACAACUUCUCACAAUUCAAAAGAGUUCCCAGGUAUUUUCCCCAAUAAAGAAUUACUGCACAAUCAUUUAAAAAAAUGUCAUACUUUUGACAGGGCAGUUCAGUCAAAUGCAAUACUGAGUAAGUCUUGCGUUACCAUGACAACCGGGGGUGGCGCUAGGUUAUUUUGACCCUUCAAGCCAGUCUUUCUUCCCAAAAGUGACGAGCAACAAAUCAAGCUCCAUUUUUGUGCUCGUUGUUGUUGAAGACUCCGAGACCCCCUCCCUCCAUGUUCGCCGCUCCGCGUCCAGACUGAAGAUGAAUGGCGCUUGUGCAAAGCUGCCGCCGCCACUGGCUAAUUUGAUCACAAUUAAAAAAAACAUUUUCAGACGUGGAACAAAAGAUUUACUCGCUUAAUUCAUUUCACAGGCACUGCAGAGCCCCAACUAUCUGAAUACAAGCUAUUAAAAAGUCAGUUUCCAUAAUAAUUGUCCUCUUUAAAGACAAUUCACACAUUUAGAACGCAAAUAAGCUCAUGUUUCUUGGUGCUUAUGUUUAAAAGUAGGUUGUGUAUUGAAAAUGUUAUUUUAUGUAAAUAAAGAGUGUGUGGUGGGGUUUGA